UCUUUAACGCGCUGCACUGAAACCGGAAGUUGUUGGUACACUGCUGCAGAGAGAUGUCCUAGCUGAGCCGAAUGAAUGGACGUCCUGAUGCUGUGAGGUGCCUUUCACCACAUCUGUCCAACAUGACCUGAAGCUUCCAGCUCUUCGCUCCGCCGCUUCUGUCCGCAGAUAUUUCCGCCGCCGCUGGUCAGGGUACCAUGGCAACCAGGAUGAAGCUGAAGCUGAAGACUGUUUUUGUGCUUUACUUCAUGGUCUCCCUGCUGGGCCUCGUCUAUGCACUGAUGCAGCUCGGACAGCGCUGCGACUGCACCGACCAUGACUUGCCCAAGGACCGAACCAUAUCUCGGCUGCGGGGGGAGCUGCACCGCCUCCAGGAGCAGAUGAGGAAGUCCGAGGCGACGAAACAACCCCAGAAGCAGGCGGCCAAGCCCUCGAUGCCCACCGUAUUUGUCAUCACUCCGACAUACGCAAGGUUGGUGCAGAAGGCUGAGCUGACUCGCCUGUCCCAGACCUUCCUCCAUGUUCCUCAGCUCCACUGGAUCGUGGUGGAGGAUUCGCCGCACAAGACUCCUCUGGUGAGCGACCUCCUGAUGAAGAGCGGCCUCACCUACACUCACCUACACAUGCCCACCGCCAAGGACCGCAAACUACAGGAGAACGACCCCAGCUGGCUGAAACCUCGUGGAGUGGAGCAGAGGAACGAGGGUCUACGGUGGCUGAGAGAGGACAGAAGGGCUCAGCCGGGAUCAGACAACCAGCAGGGAGUGGUUUACUUUGCUGACGAUGACAACACAUACAGCCUGCAGAUAUUUGAGGAGAUGAGGAAUACCCAAAGAGUUUCCGUGUGGCCGGUGGGGCUGGUUGGAGGGAUGAAAUAUGAGAGGCCUGUGGUCGAAGGAGGAAAGGUUGUUCGCUUCCAUACCGGCUGGCGUCCGAGUCGCCCUUUCCCGAUGGACAUGGCCGGCUUCGCUGUGUCCCUCAAGUUGGUCCUGAACAAUCCAGAGGCUUGUUUCGACGGAGAGGCGCCGAUGGGCUUCUUGGAAAGCAGUUUCCUUCAGGGACUGGUGACAAUGGACGAACUGGAACCCAAAGCGGACAACUGCACCAAAGUGCUGGUGUGGCACACGAGGACGGAGAAACCGAAGAUGAAGAGGGAGGAGGCGCUGCAGGCUCAGGGACUGGGUUCAGACCCUGCUGUGGAGGUCUGAGGAACACACGCGCACACACACACACACACACACACACACACACACACACACACACACACACACACACACACACACACACACACACACACAUGAUGUAAAGCAUACCCUGCUGUUUAAUGCUGCAUAUGUAUCCCUGCAUUGUAAAUACUGUAAAACAGGAAUCUAUCUGUUAGAUGAGACAUUUAAACUGACUGUUUCUCGUGUCUGCUAGUAAAUGUGUCUAUAUGAAGUGAGUGCGUGUCGUCACAACUGUGCUGACGGUAUGUUUUUGUUUUUUUUAUUCGGUUUUAGUGAGUUUGAUGUCUUUGUUCGGCGGAUGAGUUUAAAUACGACCAGAAGGGGGCGCCAGUUUUAAAAUUUGUUCCACUGCUGGUACAUUUUCGUUAAAAGAUGGAGGGAGGAGGCGUCUUACUCCACACUUGUGUCAUUUUUUUGUAGGAUUUACUUGUUUACUCGUGCUCAGUGGAAAUCCUGCAGUGUUAAUCAUUCCUGCUGGCGGUUAGAUAUUAUUAUGUCCGCGUUACACCGCGUCUGUUCCUUCAGUUUAUCAGUGCAGAACGUCUUGUCUGAUUUUUGAUCAAGAUUCAGUUGCAGCAGAGCACUUUAUUCAUGCAUGGCUUCUGUUUUAGCGUGAUAAGUCAACGUGUUCAGCCGUGUAGGUGCUUUUUGUUUCAGUCCAAAACCCUCACCGUCAUCAUCAAAGGCAUGAUAAUAACCUCUAUUCAAACUGUGUAAUAAAAAAUGUCAAGGUAAUAGUAUUGUGGAGCCGAGGUAGUGACACAGCAGCCACUAAACUAGAAACUAGCUGUCGCCCCGUCUUUAUAAUGCCCUCAUACUCCUGUGUUACAGCCACAGCUAGCUCAUUUAGCAACACCAUACUGCAACACAGACAGAGAGUGGUUUCCACACCCAGAGUAGCUUUGGUGUUAAAGCUCAGAGCACAAAUGCUGGUUCUCUGGUGUCAGAGCACCACAACAGCUAGUCCAAGCCAGCAUUUUGUAUGUUUAUUAGUGUUAGCGAUGCUUUUUAAAGCCCUAAACCAGGGAACAACACUACUGAAGCUCGUAUAAAUUCUUUAUGCAAUAAACAGAUGCAGAAACCGCCCCCCAUGUUACAUUUUAACACUCUAGUGAUCAAAAUAAAACACUUGAAUUUACCUUUUUGAGGCAGGAGAUCCCUGGUAUUUUACAGUAGCGGUAUUUCUAAGCUGUAUUUGAGGGAAAAAAUACUUCGUAUAAAUUGAAGUACUCAAAGUGACGUUAAAGCUCAAACGAGUGCUCCUCAGCUACUGUUGUACGACACUGUAAAAACAGCUAGUGCCUGCUUAAGUGUGAUUAGUGCCUGUAAGGAAGUUCUCUACUGGUGUAUCAUGUAUUUAUUACUGUAAUAUUGUUCUUUACAUUGUACGAUGUGAUCCUGUCUGUCCCUGGCCUUGAAAAUAAACAGAGAUAAUGUAUCA